CAAACUAAAUGCGCCAUCUUGUCGUUUUGGUCAUCUGAUACAUUCACAUGACCUUGUGUUUGGUCCCGUGACUUAGGAUUGGAGUUAGACAAACCCUCGCUUAGAUUUUAGUCACAUGGAUAUGCUGGAUCAAAGUUUGGAUACCAGUGGUGCAGAAAAAGCUGAGUCAGGAAGGGCAGAUGAAAUUCAUCAUAUUCAAGAAGAGGGAACUGUUGGUGUGAUGGAAGGAGUGGAGCAUGGCACAGGGCUAAAUCUCAGCCCACAAGGAAGCAGUCUAAUGGAUCCAAAUGUUCAGUAUCAACUUCAUGCUGAAAAUGGACAUGUUACGUAUCGAGUGGUUAGAGUAGCUCCAUCUUCAGACAUAAAACCAGAAGUACCCCAAGUUGUGACCACAGCUACAGCUGCUCUUGUUGGACAGCAGGUUGCCCAAGCAAUAAUUACCAAUCCUUAUGCAACAGCUAAUGGUGCUAGCAACCCAGAAGAAGGUCAGUUUUAUGUAAUGAUGUCACCACAAGAAGUUUACCAGCCAGGACAACGUUCACUUGCACCCCGAACAGAACAGUUCACUGCUAAAGUAGAAAAACCAAGAGCAGGAAGGGAUGAAAAACGAAGAUCAACACAUAAUGAGGUCGAGAGAAGGCGUCGGGACAAAAUUAAUAAUUGGAUAGCCAAACUGUCUACCAUUGUUCCAGAUUGUACUUCAGAUCAUGCAAAGCAAAGUCAGCAUAGUAAAGGAGGUAUCCUUGCUAAAGCUUGUGACUAUAUUCAGGAAUUGAGGAAUGCUAAUGCUAAACUACCAAAUAUUCUUAAAGAGAAUGAGAGACUGACAAUGGAUGUGGAGUUGCUUCAGCAGCAGUACGAAGAGCUGAAAAACGAGAAUCGUAUGUUAAGAGCGCAUCUCCAACAGCACGGAAUUAACUUGGCUGACCGGAUAAGGACUCAUUCGUCGUAAUAAAACAAAAUGCUUUUGUUCAUAUCUUCUAAUGGGCUCUAAUCUCCAGCUUAAAAUAAUAUAGUUACAUCCAGAGUGUUGGGGCACUGCUGAAUAUUACGGCCUUUGUUCAUGGGACCACUUCUAAGCAGCAUCACCUUCCCAAGUGAAGAAACACUAGCUUCUUUAGAUAUUAGAAUUAUUUGUUACUGUGUAGUGGCAGACAUUCCAUUAUUGUGGUCAGUAAUUUGUUUAACCUAGGUUGCAGUCAAAGAGAUAACACAUUAUCACUUGUGAAAGUUUAUUGUUUAUAAUUAGAAUAGUUUUGGGGUGUAUCUGAUGUAAAGUAUGGCUGGAAAUUUCAUUUCUGUUGUUUAACUUUUUUUUUUGUCAUCCUUAUGGGUCUUUGCUUGUAAAAAUUAUUGAAAGUUUCAAGAUAUUCACAUAUUAAGCAUUCUUUAUUAAUUAAGACUUGCAAUGCAGCUGGAUAUCUUUUGUCAUAUCUUUCUUAAAUAAUAUAUUAUUUGCAUAUCCUUUUUAAUUGUUCCCAUCUUUGAUACUAAAAAUUAAAUUGUUGAAUGAUUUAUAUUUUAUUUCUGUAGAUCUAAUUAUGUAUUUUUCAAUAAGACUUGCAGUCUGUAUUUGUUUCAGUUGGUCUAUUCUUUGUAUUCAAUUCAAAGAUUCCUCAUUAAUCACUAAACAUAUAAACAGAUGGGUAUUGAAAAUAUAUAAUAUAAUACUAGGUUCAUGCUAUCCUCUGAUAUGUAUUUUCUAUAGUUGUUUUUGUACACAAUUUUCAAUUACCAAAACAUUUUCUGGAAGCUACUACCAGUUCUGAAAAAAUAGGUGUUUCAUUGUGCUCUAACAAAACAGCAGUAAUUAAAAAUUCAUAUCUUUCUCUUUAUUAAUAUUUAUAGAUUUUAAGUUAAACUACAAGUUAAAUUAUAAUAACUAUAGCUGUUAAAUAGGUGCUAGGCAUUUAACAUUCAAACUGAAAUGAUUUCAUUAUGCUGUGCUCUGAUGAUAUAAAAUUGUCUUCAUUUAUGUUGUUUUGUUUUUUAAUAGGAAUAAUGAAAAGUUAAGUUAGAAAAUCAUACCAACAAAUAAUGAUUUUAGUUGCGUAAAAAAAUAACUUUCUAUUAUUGUUUGUACAAGUCAAACUCAAACUUAGGUACCACCAAUAGAAUUUAAAAGUUUUGGAAAAGGAAGGCCACUAGAAAACCUAUGCUAAUGGUCUUUGUUUCAACUAUCAAAUUAUAAUUUCACCAUUUGUUACUCUAAAACAGUGUAUCCAAUUGACAAUAUAAAUGUACUACAAGCAGAUAGUACUUUAAAGACCAUGGGAAAAUAUUAAAACGGUUCACUGUUUGUUCCAAGAAAAAUGCAUAAAUGGUGUGAUCCAUAUAUAUAUAUAUAUAUAUAUAUAACGUGCAUCAGUAUGUAUUUAAUUAUGAACACUUGAACAUCCAGCAUCUAAUAAUCGUCAGUAGACUCGCAAAGUAUGUGCUUCACCUAAAUUUUUUAAAUUAUUUCCUAAGGUAGUCGUCAGAACCUACCUUUCUCACUUCAAGUGCUCAAAUAUGUAGUGCCAUAAAAUAAUUCCAAUGCUAACUGUAACAUCUUGACUUCCCCCCUUCUUUCUUUCUUCUUUUUUUUUUAAGGCUAAAUCAUUUAAAGCAUAGAGCAGUAAGUAAAUGAUCACUGAGUUUUAGGGCAUGCUUAAAUUGUCUCUGUCCAGAACAUGAAUAAAGUUCACCUGAACAAGAAGCUAACAAUUACCAAUAUGGUAGAGAAUGCUAUUUUUUAUUUAAAGAGAAGUUUGUUUAUGAUGCUUAAUGAAGUGAUGAUGAAAUUGUACAGAUUGUAAUUAAUAUGCUUUAAACACAUUCGUAUAACAUUAAUUGCCUCCUUCUGCCACAUUUCUAGAGCAGUUGUGUAAAGCCUAAACAUCUGAAUUGUGGUGAAAUGUUUUAAGCACAUACUGCAUUUUUAUAUCUUCUAUGCCAUCUUGAUGACAUCACUGUUCCCCUUUAUACCACCUCAUCAUCGAUAACAGUAAGAAGAAAUCCAUAAUACUGUUCUGAGUCACUUUGUAGGUAUGUAGAAAGCUCUACAUUUUCAAGACAAUGGAUUGAGUGUACUCUAAAUUAAUCUGCUAGGUUCUGUUUUGUACCUCAGAGUGAAAAGUUAUAUAAUAAAUAUAAUUUUUAUUUACUGUAAUUAACAAGUGUCUUAAUGUGUUAAACCUAAAGCACUGAUGUAGGUCAACAUCUUGAAAAAUAUUUUGAUAAAAAUAACAUUACAAAAAUGAUAUGGUUAAGAAAAAGAUAUAUCUAUAAUGAAAAUGGUAUUAUUUGUUAGACAUAUCUCUAAAAUGAUGUUUGAUGUUUGAAAAUUUUCUUUAAGUGAUUGAGUAAAGAUCUCAUCUUUAGAAAAUAGAAACUAAUACAAUAACUGAUCAUUCUUAUGCUAAUUUGCUGCUAUAUAGUAAUGCAUUCAAGCUUUCUAAAAUUAUUUACUUGCUCAAAUGUUAUUGUACAGAAAAACCAAUCUAAAUUAAUCAACCAAAGUAAGGUUUUUUAUCAGCUGUAUAUUGCCCUUUAUUUUUUAAGCUCUACCUAUAUUACUGUAUAUUUCAAGCUCUCCCUAUAUAUCUAUAUUUUGGUCUAGAAUAGCUAAUUUUCCCUAUAAAUCCCUAAAAUUGACACUUUCUCUUUUAAUCUUGCCAAGCAUUUUUGAAUGAUAAAUUAUACUAUACUUCAUGUACAUACUUCUAUGGCAGUAAUUCUUAUGACACUGAAAUUCACAGUUUCACAUUAUGAGCAAUUAAUAUCCUUCAGUACAAAAUAUGUAUUCUUUUUCACAAGACUUGUUAUUCUUAUUAGAAGAUUAAGCUGUUUUAAGCUUAUAUUCCAGAGGCUAUGGGCAUGAAGUCUGAAGGUGCUGGCAGAAUGUGAAGAAAGCAUAUAUUGGCCUGUCAUAGGAUAACAGUUCAGUUAAGACUUAUAUGAAAGGUUAUCCAAAUGUAUGCCUGUCUAUCCACAUUCUGCCAGUACUCAUCUGCUGUGCCCAUGAGAAUAGAAAUAAGAAUUGCCAAGUGAAAGCAUAACUGAAUAAGGUAUCCAAACUUUACUAAUUACAAGAACUUCAGAAUAGAGUUACAGAUCAGACAGUACCAACAAAGUUGAAAGAAUAAA